CUGAGUUUUAGUCUACCAAAUCACAUCACUCCUAUAGAAUAUCGCUUCUUGUAGUGAUAAGUGAUCACUCUUAUAUUUCUAGAGGAUGUCCGACGCGGCGUCGGGGCGCUCCCUGGCCGCCCCCGCCCCCACCCCGCGCCUGCACCCGCGCCCCUUCAAGCUGCGGUUCGCGGCGCGGCAGGCGCGGGGCCGCUCGCACAUACAGCCGGCCCGCCCGCUCAAACUACCGGACAUCGUGACGGGCAAGUUCUACAGCCGGUGGGAGCAGCCGGGCGCGGGGUCGGGGGCGGGGGCGGGGAGCGGCGCGGGGGGCGGGGUCUACGGGCGCACGCCGUACCGCCUCGGCCCGCGCGAGCUCGCCGCGAGUCCACAGCUCUCCUCACAUGAGUACGGGUGGUAUGUGGACGUGUGGGCGGGCGAGCGCGCCGCACGGCGCCGUGACCCGCGCCUCACGCACGCGCUGCGCGACCCCGCCUGGCUGCGGCUCCAGGCGCGCCUGCUGCGCCCCUGACUCACACA